AUUUGUAAAUUACAAGCUACGGUGGUUGGUAUGUAAGUGCCCCUCUGCAUGUUCGCAAAACCAGCGCCUUCGGGAACGAACUGAACCUUCCCGAUACAGUCGCCAUUAGAGCUGAGCUUGCUAAGAAGGCAACGACGGGAUCGCGGCUUGCAGAAACCACCCAAGCUCCAUCUUUCUCAGCCUUCCGUUCCUCUCCUAUCAGAGCUCAGGACUCGCGAAGGUGGUUUUUUCCGUUUAGCAGGAUAAAUCCUGCUUAAAACCGGCUACCAAACAGCCCCUUGGGAGUUCGUGAGACGCGCGGAUCGUUAAUUCCUUCCUAUCCCCGGAUUUUUAUUAAACCCGGGAUUCAAGGCAGCUGCAGUUGAUGGCUCGGGUUUUUAACAUAUCUAUAAAUCCUUCUCGUCUUUCCAUUGAUCACCGUGCCUUGAAAAUCCCUCAAUCGUUCUUCAAGAAAUUUCCAGAAAGUUUCUUCAGACUCUCUUUUGGAGCAAGAAGAUCUUACAUACCUCUCACAAUAAUGGCAACCUCACUACAAUCUAAGUUCUCCAAGUCUGCAAACUACAUCCCUGACACUCAACCUGCUAAAGAGGUGCUAGAGAUCUGGCGCAGUGCUGAUGCAGUUUGCUUUGAUGUUGAUAGUACUGUCUGCUUGCAUGAGGGAAUCGAUGAACUUGCUGAUUUUUGUGGUGCUGGGAAAGCUGUUUCUGAGUGGACUACCAAGGCAAUGAGUGGGUCUGUUCCAUUUGAGGAGGCCCUUGCAGCCAGACUAUCUUUAUUCAGCCCUUCUCUUUCACAACUCCAGUGUUUUCUCGAUGAGAGGCCUCCACGGUUAUCGCCCGGCAUUGCAGAAUUGAUCAACAAGCUGAAAACUUCUAAUAUUGAUGUUUAUUUGAUAUCUGGAGGAUUUCGUCAAAUGAUCAAACCUGUUGCGGUGCAGCUUGAAAUUCCACUAGAAAACAUCUUUGCCAAUCAGUUACUUUUUGGGAGUUCCGGCGAGUUCCUUGGUUUUGACCCAACCGAGUUUACGUCUAGGAGUGGUGGAAAGGCUGUUGCUGUGCAGCAUAUAAGAAAGGUCCAUGGAUACAAGUCUCUAAUAAUGAUUGGUGAUGGAGCAACUGAUCUUGAGGCUCGAAUGCCCGGCGGUGCUGAUUUGUUUAUCUGUUAUGGAGGGGUCCUGCUUCGAGAAGCUGUUGCAGCUAAAGCUGAUUGGGUGGUCCUUAGUUUUGAAGACCUUUUGACUGCAUUGAAAUAGAU